AUGUACGGAUCAGCCACACAGGGCGUCCUCACCAAGCUCGGCGUCUUCAGGCCGCUAGCCUCGACCCCGCUCACACACUCCGAAGACCUCGUCCGGAUCGGGGACACGACCCAUUGCGAGGACUUACACUACUACGCACCGGCCAACAUACUCUUCACCGCUUGUGAGGACGUGAGUGCCACGCGGUUCAAAUGGUUCCCGCCACUGGCCUUCUUUGACGAUGCCAGCGUCGCUUGGAACGCGAGGGGUUCGAUACACAUCAUCGAUCCGGAGACCAAAGAAUCCAAACGGCUUGCUUUUGAAAACUUCGACGGGCCCUUCAUCAGCCACGGCAUCGAUGUGAUCCCUGAUGAUGACACCACCAGCUCAUCCAAGAACCCAUCCGUCUACAUCUUCGCCGUCAACCACAUCCCCAACGAAGCCGUCUUCCACAGAGACGGGAGCAGCCCCCAAGCAGGCCCCUCAGGCGACACUGCUCCCAAGGCGGCCUCCCGAGUUGAGGUCUUCCACCACGUGCUGGGCUCCGACACCGUCCGACACGUGCACACCAUCGCCCACCCGCUGAUCAGGACGCCCAACGACAUCUACGGCGUGACCAAGGACGAGAUCUUUGUCACCAACGACCACCACUACCGCGAGGGCCGCCUGCGCAUGGUCGAGGACGUGUGGCCCGGUGCGGCCUGGUCUGAAGUCGUGCAUGCGUCUGUCAGCGGUGAUGGAUCUGCCGUCGAUGCCAACGUGGUGAUGGACAAACUGCACAACCCAAACGGCCUCGGCCACGGCAGGACGAGCGACGAGAUCCUCGUUGUGAGUGCUGUGGGCGGAAACCUGUGGCUUGGGUCGCUGGGCGAGAAGCCUGAGACCAUCGUCGUGAAGGGGACCGUGGAUCUCGACUCGACCAUCGAUAAUCCGAGCUGGUUCGUAGAUUCAUACGCCGAUGAUGCGACUGGGGACGCCAGCGGGUUUGUGCUGGCGGGGCUGUCCAAGGCUAUCAACAUAGUGACCACGGCCCAGGACCCGUCUGGUCGGGAGGGUGUUGUCGUCUGGUACGUGAAGCCUAGCCAGGACGAGCCGGAGAAGUGGGAGAAGAAGUUGUUGUGGCAGGAUGAUGGGAGUAUUAUCAGGAACGCAGCCACGGGAGUGCUGGUGGGCAUCGACCCCAAAAAGGAGGAUGGGAAGAAGAAGGCGUGGUUGUUUGUGACGGGGUUCUCGUCUGAGAAUGUCGUGGCUGUCAAGGUUGAUCUUUGA